AUGACUUGUAGACAUAGGGCAAACAAUUACUUUUUCGAGAGACCACCGGUUUUGGAAUAUGUUUCAAAUAAUUCAAACAAUCUCAAUUGCGUUGAUUGUUUGAAUUCUGUGAUUUGUAACAAUUCUCUUGAAAUUGAUGCUCGCGAUGCAUAUAUCAGCAAAUUCUUAAAAUAUUUCGAGAGUUCAAAAGUCCAUAAUGAGCCGAUGGUUUGCAGACAGAGUAUACUGGAAAAAUUAGUUAAGCAUUUAUUGGUUAUUCUUCCAAUAGCCAAGUCUUCGUUUGCUCAUAGGAUAUUGUCAGUUCUGAAGUGCAUUUUCUGUACUGCUACUGAACAGAUGAGAAAGAAUAUCAUGACAAAUCUUUAUUACCAGAUUACUUAUUUAUCUGAUAAAAACCAAGACUACACCUGCUAUUUAGAAGCAUUCUGCACUUUGCUGGACGAUUUGACAAUUCGUGACGUGCAGUGCACAGACACUUUAACAAAUUUUGUUUGCUCCUUGCUCAGAGUAAUCUACUCUUCUCUCAAUGAGUCCACCAUUCAUUAUAUGGAUUCACUUCUAAAAUGCCUGCCAAGAGGAUGUCUUGAAUCAGUGAAAAUUUAUUUAAAGAAGGUUUUGGAAGUUAUUUCAAAGAAUAAAAGCCACAAAGUUGUGGAGGCAGGAUUAGGUUGCCUCCUGAAACUCUGUUGUAUAUGUAAUGGAAGCUUUGCUGAUAUUCGCUCAUGCAGGGAGUUCCCAGUUGCUUUGCGUGCUCUACUCAGUUCCCAUGAUGAAAUUAUAAAAGAAAUAACGAUCAAUUUUAUCGAAUUUUUACUUUGUACAUUUGGAGAAAAGGCAUCUAUGUUCGUCUGUACUUGUGGAGUUGUUGAACUUCUGUUUGAUGCUAUUUCGCCUAAGAAGCCUUACUGCAGCACCAUUUUAAAGUGCCUAGAAAGGAUAGGCCCACGAACAGAAAUUACAGCUUCUAGUUUUCUGCCUUAUGGAAUUUGUCAAAUUAUUACAAUUAUGAAUUCACCCCAGCAAUAUAGACCCCGUGUUAUUUUUAGAAGUAUAAGCUUAUUAAACACCUAUAUUGUGCAUUACACUGGUGCCGUAGAUUUAUUCAUAUCUUCAUCAAGCUUCAAACAACUAUUACUGAUUAUGACUGACAUUUUGGAAAACUGUGAUGCUGAGUUAGGACUGACUGGAACCAUUUGUGUAGCUAAUGCCUUCAAGUAUGGGAGACAAACCAUUGAUAUACCAGUUGAAGAGCUGAACAAGUUCCUGAAUUCUGUUGGAAGUGUUUUACAUAAAAAAUCUCACGAUUCAAAACGUGAGGUACUGAAAUCAACCAGCGAAGAUGACGAACAUGCUGAACUAGAUAAGGGAGUUAUAGGAUAUUCUCCACUAUGUUCAAUGUUGGCUGCUACGUCGAGUUUACUCCACAGUAUGCACAGUUACUUGUACUCUGGGAGGAACAUACACUUGAAACAACCUGAACACAUUGUGGAAGUCGAACUAUCUUUGGCACAUAUAUUCUUCGUAGUAGUAAUGAAUGCUUUCUCUCAUUUAGACACGAAGAACAUCACUUCUGAGUUUGUAUCUACACUUAUGGAAGUAACGGCAAUGUACACGUAUGGUGUUUGUCAAAAUGUCGUGGUUGCUGAAGUCAUCAAGUCUUGUAAACAAACGCAUAGACAUUUUGAGAAAUUUAGGAGCUGUGUAUCAUACGUUUUAGAGAGUAAAAUUCGUAAAAGUUUUAGCUUACUACUUCCAUUUGUUUAUAAGAUCUGCUUUUGGGUUGACGAAGAGAAGUUUGCCAGUGCUUCUAGCUGUUUCGGUAUUGCCAGUCACAAAAUUACAUACACUACGAAAGAAGCUUUAUUAACUAUGGUGACAAUAAACUCCAGUACAUUCAGCAAUCUCGGAUUGAUUUCAGAAACGACUAAAAGUUUAGCAAGUUUUCUGGGAGACGAUGACUUGAUUAUGUGGGCAAGUCUUUUACUUCAUGGAUUUAGACAUCUUUCAGGAGCAGAUUACGAGUAUCUUGGAAAAUAUUUGGGACUGAAUAUGUAUGAAGAAGAUUGCGUAGAUAUUUGCACUUCAGCUGUUUCAGUCAUUUGUACUCUUCUCAAUCGUAGUAUUGACUAUAUCGACAGUUCAAAUACAGUGAAGUCUAAUACUAGUGAAUAUUACAAUUCAAGGUUUUUUAAGCAUCGUGUUACCCUAACGUGUGAAACACUGAAAUUGAUUAUCCAAUUUCCCAACAAAGCAGGUGUCAACUUCUUUCAACGUAUCUCAGUUCUAGUCACUGUGGAAUUUCUCAUCACAUAUACGUGUUUGCCAGGAAUAGGUAGUUCUUUGGAUUAUUCUUCUAUGAGUGAUGAAUAUGAAAAAGGUUUGAGUAUUUUGUCUUCGGCACUGCUCGAUCGCCUUCAACCUGUACACACUUUGGCUUUGUUACGCACUCCAAACUUUUCUAAUUAUUUAGAAAAUUCAAGUCCAUGUUGGAUCGAAAUGGCUCAAAAGAUUAUACUACAGUGUCAUUCUGAUGAAUUAUUGAUCGAUGAACAGGCAUUCUUACUAAUUCCAACAACUUACACUUUAUUAUUUAACACUUGGACAGUAUUGUACAAUUGUUUGUUGCAAGUCGACAAUUUUGAUGUACUUCAACGUUUGGUGGUUACUUUCGAAAAACGAUUGAUCAUGUUGAAGGAACAAGCACAGUCAGUAGAGGAUUUGAAGACUUUUGAAGUACAGAGAAACCGAUUCUCGCUUCGUGUUUGUGAUUGUCUUUCAGUGUUACCGAAUAACCUUUCAGGCUGUUUCCUUAAAGUCUUCUCUAAUGUUGAUCUAAAAUAUUUGUACGUGAAGGUGUUAAAGGUUGUUUGCACACAGUUAGAAGAACUUUUCCUUAAUACGGAAUUCAUAAUGAUGGUAGCACAACAAGUGAUUCAAUUUCUAGUAGAUGAUCAGUGUACUGUGACAUCUGUACUGAGAACUGAUCUCCUCAAAAUACUUUUACACCUGUUGAUGAAUAAUGAAAAUGGUGAACGAAUACAGAUUGUGAAAUUAUUAUGUUCAGAAAUUAAAUACAAAGAUAAAAGUAUAUUUUAUUUUACACAAAAUACUAUUGAAAAUUCUCCUGAUGAUCGUUUGAAAACACACUGUACAGAAUUUCAGAUUACUGCUGUAGAAAUGGAUGCUAUUUUAGGAAUAGGAGCUUUGGUGAAUAUGUGCACAAAAGAUAUACCAGUAAAGUGUGAAUUAGCUGACUGUAUUAAACCGUUGAUAUUUAUGAAGCCUGAAACGAUAUUAACAGUUCUGAACCAUGAUUCAAUUGCAAGCGGGUCUCAUUUCACUAAAGCCAGUGCGCUUAUUUGUCUGUCGGAGUCAUUAUAUGGUGAAUUAGCGGAAUUUCUGUGGCCAGACUUACAUUCACAUGAGGACUAUUACUGUGAGUUGCUAAUGUGCUUAGUCAACGGAAUCAUGGAUGUGACUCGGAGGUUUGCUCAGGAAUUAUCGAUUGAAGUGUAUGGUUGUUUCAUCAAAUAUGUAUAUAUAACAGCAAAACCGCAAUCACUUAUCAAUUUUUUCCUGAUGGCUACUCCAUGGAGCAAUAUCAUCUUCGAGUAUUUAAAAAGCGAUGACUCAGCAAAUCGUGUUUCAAACUUACCUAUUUCUUUUUUGAAUUUCAUCGAUAUGCUGUUAUCUACAAAAAGUCCUGCAGUUUAUACAAUUAUCAGUAAACGUCAACUUAGGAAAUUAUUAAUGAUGUAUAUUCAUGACGAGGAUUUGCAAAGUUCAAAUUUGAAGAGCCUUCUAAGAAGUAUAUCUGAAAAGAUUGCCUAUCGUGAAUUUGAAGUUUUAGAGGACGCAGAUCAGUUUUGUCUAGAAGUUAUGCUCGAUUCAGAUGAUCAAUUGCCUGCUGCUAGCAUUUCUGAUCGUUUCAUUUCGUUUUAUCGAAAAGUGUUUCUAUCAUGA